AUGCGACCCUCGAAACUAUCCCUGAACACACUCAGGCUUGCUCCGAGCGCCGUCCGAGGUCAAAACCGGCUGCAGUCGACUUGGUCGCGGCGUCCUUUCGCCAUUCGAACUCUUCCAACUGGGCAGCGAUCUUUUGCACCGUUUCGGCGUUUUGAAUCCUCGAUUGUGAAUUCAGACCCGCAGCCAGCGAAGCCAGCACAGCCAGCAGAACGCGAUGAGCCUUCCUACCAGUUGACUUUCACCUGCAAGCCAUGCCUGCAGCGAUCCUCUCAUCGAGUCACCAAACAGGGCUAUCAUCAUGGCACCGUUCUCAUUUCCUGUCCGCACUGCCGGAAUCGCCACGUUAUCUCUGACCACCUGCGCAUAUUCAUGGACGCCAAAUCUACCCUGGAGGAUAUUCUAGCGCGGAAGGGGGAAGACUUGACAAAGCUUCUUAAAAAGGGAAAGCUAGGAAUUCGCCAUGGAUCGCAAAUCGGCAAUGAGGGGGAAGAAGAUAUAGAGUUCUGGGAGGAUGGCACAGAGACUCAGCACAAGCCA